AGAGGAAUCACCAUGAAGUGCUUGAUCGUCUUAAUGGCUUGUCUCAUCCUCUCAGAGGCAGCCAUCAAGGUUCCGCUGAUUAAGGGCAAGUCCAUCAGAGAACGUUUGAGGGAGAAGGGAAUUAAUUUGCCCUACACUGAUCCAGCCCUUAAGUACCAGUCUCCAGAGGUCCUGGCUACUUCCACCAUAACCCCUAUGACAAACUAUGCUGAUACAUACUACUACGGCGUUAUCAGUGUUGGCACACCACCCCAGUCCUUCCAAGUGCUCUUUGACACAGGCUCUUCCAAUUUUUGGGUUGACUCUGUCUACUGCAGCACACAGGCAUGCACUUCACACCCCCAGUUCAAUCCUCAGCAUUCCUCCACCUACCAGAACACCUCCCAAACCUUCUACCUGGGCUAUGGAUUUGGAUCUAUAAGUGGGAUUUUUGGUUAUGACACGGUCACUCUGUCUGGCAUCCAAAUCCCCAACCAGGUGAUUGGUCUAAGCACCAAUGAGCCAAGCCAAACCUUUUUGAUGGCCCCUUUUGAUGGAAUACUUGGUCUGGCCUACCGAUCUAUUUCUAUCGUCAAUGCCAUGCCCCUCAUGGACAACAUGAUGCAGCAGGGUCUUCUUCAACAAAACCUCUUCGGAUUCUAUCUAAGCCCCUAUGGACAGUCCGGCAGUGAGGUUUCUUUCGGUGCUGUGGACACCAACAUGUAUCAGGGUCAGAUAAACUGGACACCUGUGACUGCUGAGACCUAUUGGCAGAUCGGCAUUCAGGAGUUCCAGAUUUCAGGACAGCAGACUGGCUGGUGCUCUCAGUAUGGUGGCUGCCAGGCCAUUGUGGACACCGGCACCCCCAGCCUUACUGCUCCUAGCUCUGUCAUGUCCUCACUGAUGCAGUAUAUUGGGGCACAGCAGAAUAGUUAUGGCGAGUAUGCUGUGGACUGUAGCCAGGUUGGCAAGCUCCCUACUCUGACCUUCACCAUCAGUGGAUCAACUUUCCCACUGGCUCCUUCUGCCUAUAUCCAAGAGCGUCAAAGUGGCUACUGCAUCGUUGACAUUUACCCCACCUAUCUACCUGCUCAAAACAACCAGCCGCUCUGGAUCUUUGGUGAUGUCUUCCUUAGGGUCUACUAUUCUGUGUAUGAUCGUGAAAACAACCAGGUGGGUUUUGCCCAGGCUGUCUGAACAACAUCAUCAUGACUCUACAGAAGAAAAAGAAUCCACAGUUUCCUUAGCAUCAGUACAUGCAUUUAUCAUAUUAAAUUUUAUUACAAUGAUUUUAAACUAUUCAGCUAUCAAUUAAAGUCAA